AUGUUCCUGGCAGUGGCAGGGUGGCUAGCCUACGAACUGGGGAACCCCCUGGCCAAUGGGACCAGCCAUGUGGAUGACAUAAUCUACUCUCCAAAUCAAAUGAAAUUGUCCUCCGUGGUUCUGGGAGCUUCCCGCUGGUGGGGAGGUGGCCGUCGGGCCCGGUGCUGGGACAUCCUGGGGACGAAGUGGGGUUCUUACCUCAUCUCCUACCCAAGGGGCGCCAGGCGGGCCCUGCGGCAGGAGGAAGCACAGGGGGCGCCCUACCGCGGAGCCGAGGCCAUGGGCGCGCGGGUCCGGGCGCUGCUGCUGGCGCUGCUGCUGUGGCCUGGAGCAGCCGCGAACCGGAUUCCAGGACCCUGGAACACUGAGCUGCUCUCAGACUCCUGCGGUGACCGGGAUACCACCUCUCUGAUCGUGGGCGGAGUGGAGUCCGCGCGCGGGCGCUGGCCGUGGCUGGGCAGCGUGCGUUUCGAGAACCAUCAUGCCUGCGCGGGGAGCCUGCUGAGCCGCCGCUGGGUGCUCUCGGCCGCGCACUGCUUUGAAAAGUACAACAAUCCCUUUGACUGGACCGUCCAGUUUGGCGAGGUGACUUCAAAACCUUGGUUCUGGAACCCGUGGACGUACAGCAAUCUGUACAAAGUGGUGGACAUCAUCAUCAACCCCAAGUAUGUCAGGGCGUUCCACGACAUCGCCCUGCUGAGGCUGGACUCCUCUGUCUCCUUCAAUCAGUAUGUCCAGCCCAUCUGUGUCCUGUCCUCCAACUCCAAGUUCCUGCACCGCCCUGACUGCUGGGUGGCCGGCUGGGGCGUCCUGGAUGAGAAUCAAACGGCUCUGCCGCCCCCCUACAGCCUCCGGGAAGCGCAGGUCACCGUCCUGAACAACACGAGGUGUAACUACCUGUACAGCCAGUACUCUUUCCAGAGCCUGUUCUCCGAGUUCUCGUUUUGUGCUGGAUCUGAAGAUGGCAAAGUAGACACAUGCAGUGGUGACUCCGGCGGGCCCUUGGUCUGCGACCAGGACGGACUGUGGUACCAGGUUGGAAUCGUGAGCUGGGGAGACGGCUGUGGCCGGCCCAACCGGCCCGGCGUCUACACCAACGUCAGCUUCUUCUUCCACUGGAUCCAGAUGCAGAUGUCUCGCAGUGCGCUGGGGCCGGAGCCCUCCCGGCCGCUGCUCCUGGCUCUGCUCUGGGCUCACCGACUGCUGAGGACCGCCUGAGUCCGGCAGAGCCAGUGAGGCCGCACACUGCCCUGGGUGUGCCCUCCAGGUCGGGGUGGGCACUGCCUGCUGGCUCAGGCCCCGGUCUCUCUGUCCCUCUUUAAUAAACGGUACG